GAACGACCGACCCCUCGGAGUUGGUGGGAAUCAGCCAAACGCCGCUCCUGCGAAUGACACCUUGCUUGACGCGCCUAGCUCAGUGAGAGUACGUUUUCCCUCGGAACCCUACGAACCGCGCUACUUAGGUUUUGAGCGAACCGCUCUAGAACGCAAAUCACCGUACGAACCGCGCCGAAGUGAAGUGUGGUGACACGGCCUACAUACCUGCUGGAUUCCUGCUGAGUCUCGUUUCUGGCUGACCGCGGCGUCCUGUUGGGCUCGGAUUAGUCAGCUCGGCCUGCAGCGGCACUCGCAACCCGCUCGUGCGCGUCGCUGCAUCGCAGCAAAGUAGCCCUCGCACUAUCUGUCGUCGUCGCGCCGUCGCCGGCCCCCAUGGCGACGUUCGAGGCGUACGAGCGGCAGUUCACCGACAUCGUCGACGCCCUCUCGCGCGCCGGGCAGUCGAGCCACUGCCUGCACGAGCUGAAGCGACGCGUGGACGACGCCGACUCGCUCAUUCGCCAGAUGGAUCUCGAGGCGCGCUCCCUUCCCCCCGCUGACCGCGCGCACCUCUUGGCGCGACUGCGCGCACACAAGCUCGCGCUGCUGGCGGCCAAGAAGCGCGCCAAGGAGAUGGCUGGGGACGCGGGGGAGGGGGGAGCGGUGGCGGGGCAACGGGGGGGGGGAGGGGGGCUGAGAGCGGCGGAGGAGCGAGCAGCGCUGAUGGAAGAAGGCAGGGACUAUGUGCCUCUAUCGGUGUGUGCCUCUAUCGAUGUGUGCCUCUAUCGGUAUGCGCCUCUAUCGGUAUGUGCCUCUAUCGGUGUGUGCCUCUAUCGGUAUGUGCCUCUAUCGGUAUGUGCCUCUAGCGGUGUGUGCCUCUAUCGGUGUGUGCCUCUAUCAGUGUGUGCCUCUAUGGGUGUGUGCCUCUAUCGGUAGGUGCCUCUAUCAAUAUGUGCCUCUAUGGGUGUGUGCCUCUAUCGGUGUGUGCCUCUAUUGGUAUGUGCCUCUAUCGGUAUGUGCCUCUAUGGGUGUGUGCCUCUAUCGGUAUGUGCCUCUAUCGGUAUGUGCCUCUAUCUGUGUGUGCCUCUCUCGGUGUGUGCCUCUAUCGGUAUGUGCCACACUGUCUGUCUUUUCCUCUAUCGGUAUGUGCCUCUAGCGGUGUGUGCCUCUAUGGGUGUGUGCCUCUAUCGGUAUGUGCCUCUAUCAAUAUGUGCGUCUAUGGGUGUGUGCCUCUAUCGGUGUGUGCCUCUAUUGGUAUGUGCCUCUAUCGGUAUGUGCCUCUAUCGGUGUGUGCCUCUAUCGGUAUGUGCCUCUAUCGGUAUGUGCCUCUAUCUGUGUGUGCCUCUAUCGGUGUGUGCCUCUAUCGGUAUGUGCCUCUAUCGGUAUGUGCCACACGGUCUGUAUUUUCCUCUAUCGGUAUGUGCCUCUAUCGGUAUGUGCCUCUAGCGGUGUGUGCCUCUAUCGGUGUGUGCCUCUAUCGGUGUGUGCCUCUAUCGGUAUGCGCCUCUAUCGGUAUGUGCCUCUAUCGGUGUGUGCCUCUAUCGGUAUGUGCCUCUAUCGGUAUGUGCCUCUAGCGGUGUGUGCCUCUAUCGGUGUGUGCCUCUAUCAGUGUGUGCCUCUAUGGGUGUGUGCCUCUAUCGGUAGGUGCCUCUAUCAAUAUGUGCCUCUAUGGGUGUGUGCCUCUAUCGGUGUGUGCCUCUAUUGGUAUGUGCCUCUAUCGGUAUGUGCCUCUAUGGGUGUGUGCCUCUAUCGGUAUGUGCCUCUAUCGGUAUGUGCCUCUAUCUGUGUGUGCCUCUCUCGGUGUGUGCCUCUAUCGGUAUGUGCCACACUGUCUGUCUUUUCCUCUAUCGGUAUGUGCCUCUAGCGGUGUGUGCCUCUAUGGGUGUGUGCCUCUAUCGGUAUGUGCCUCUAUCAAUAUGUGCGUCUAUGGGUGUGUGCCUCUAUCGGUGUGUGCCUCUAUUGGUAUGUGCCUCUAUCGGUAUGUGCCUCUAUCGGUGUGUGCCUCUAUCGGUAUGUGCCUCUAUCGGUAUGUGCCUCUAUCUGUGUGUGCCUCUAUCGGUGUGUGCCUCUAUCGGUAUGUGCCUCUAUCGGUAUGUGCCACACGGUCUGUAUUUUCCUCUAUCGGUAUGUGCCUCUAUCGGUAUGUGCCUCUAGCGGUGUGUGCCUCUAUCGGUGUGUGCCUCUAUCGGUGUGUGCCUCUAUGGGUGUGUGCCUCUAUCGGUAUGUGCCUCUAUCAAUAUGUGCGUCUAUGGGUGUGUGCCUCUAUCGGUGUGUGCCUCUAUUGGUAUGUGCCUCUAUCGGUAUGUGCCUCUAUCGGUGUGUGCCUCUAUCGGUAUGUGCCUCUAUCGGUAUGUGCCUCUAUCUGUGUGUGCCUCUAUCGGUGUGUGCCUCUAUCGGUAUGUGCCACACUGUCUGUAUUUUCCUCUAUCGGUAUGUGCCUCUAUCGGUGUGUGCCUCUAUCCGUAUGUGCCUUUAUCGGUAUGUGCGUCUAUCGGUAUGUGCCACACUCUCUGUAUUUUCCUCUAUCGGUAUGUGCCUCUAUCGGUAUGUGCCUCUAUCGGUGUGUGCCUCUAUCCGUAUGUGCCUUUAUCGGUAUGUGCCUCUAUCGGUAUGUGCCACACUCUCUGUAUUUUCCUCUAUUGGUAUGUGCCUCUAUUGGUAUGUGCCUCUAUCAGUAUGUGCCUCUAUCGGUGUGUGCCUGUAUCGGUGUGUGCCUCUAUCGGUACAUGCCUCUAUCGGUGUGUGCCUCAAUCUGUAUGUGCCUCUAUCGGUAUGUGCCUCUAUCUGUAUGUGCCUCUAUCGGUAUGUGCCUCUAUCGGUAUGUGCCACACUGUCUGUAUUUUCCUCUAUUGGUAUGUGCCUCUAUUGCUGUGUGCCUCUAACGGUGUGUGCCUCUAUCGGUGUGUGACUCUAUCGAUG